AUGUCUCGGUUCUUGAAUGUUUUAAAGGAGGUUGUGGGUAUCUUAAACGAAUCCCGCAAACUCUUUCUCAAGAACAAGAAGUUGAUGUUCUCUGUCUUGGUGUUCCCUCUCUUGCUCAAUGGUUUAGUUUACUUGAUUAACGUCUUUGCCAUCAAACCGGAGAUAACAAAGCUUAAUAAUGAAUUAAGCUUGUUACCCACGGCAGAUCCAAGCAGCCCGGAAUUCAUAGCUCAUAUCAUGAGAAUCUUUGCAGAUUUUCGCCAACUUGUCGCUUCUUCAUACAUCUUCUCCACCCUCCAUGCAAUCAUCAACCUUUUGUCCGUUCUAGUCAUCGUCCACGCUUCGGCUCUUACUCAUAAAGAUGAGAACAUCAAGAUCAAAGAGUUUCCGGUUUUUACUCUUCAAUAUUGGAAGGGACCUCUUGUGACCUAUUUCUACAUUUUCCUCUUCACUCUUGGCUAUUGGUUCCUCUUCUUUAUAAUCCUUUUUCCUCUCCUUGUGUUCUCUUCAAGUUUAUAUUCCUUGGCAGCCAAGUUUGGCGCUUUAUGGAUUUUAUUUGUGCUCUUUCAGUCCUAUUUAGCUAUCGUUUGGCUCUUGUCUAUGGUCAUAUCGAUACUCGAGGAAACUUAUGGGAUCCAAGCUUUGGGGAAAGCCGCAAAGAUUGUUAAAGGGAUGAAACUUAAACUGUUCCUUGUGAAUCUUUUCUUCGGUUUAUUGUCCUUCGGUUUAGCUCAGAUCGUGAUGCUAGUCGAUCUUCAACGUUCGCUUGCGGUUACCUUCACCAUCAGUUUGGUCCUUGUGACUUCGAUCUUCGCAUUGAGUAUGUUUCAGCUUGUGACAUACACCGUUGCGUAUUUCCAGUGCAAAGACGUUGAGUCGCUGAAAGAUGUGGAAUAUACGAAAUUAUCGUCCAUUGCUAGCAUAUAA